UUAUUCUUACAUGUCGACCGACUUUACGCCCUUCAAAUUGCAGCCCCCCUAUCUCUCUCUCUCUAAAAACGCCCCCACAUUUCCAAAUACCCUCUCCCUCUCCCUCUCCCUCUCCCUCUCCCUCUCUAAAAUAACGGCGGAAUUACGAAAAAUUUGACGUCAAUGGCGCAGAAGACAGGGCAGGAGGAGACGGAGUUCAAGGUCGUACCUGAGAACAUCGCGCUCUGCGUCAAAUGCGGCGUGGCGGGGAAUUCUGCCGCGAAUAAUUUAUGCCAGAAAUGCUUCAGCACGCCUGCAGAGGCUUCCAUCUCCGCAGCCGCGGUCCCUGCGCCGGCGUCGGGCGUGGCGAAGCCGAAAAUCCGUGUUUUCGGAGAGAGAUCCAUCAGAUCCAGCUCGACCGCGAGGUCAUCUCCGCAUAGGAUACUGAAGCUCCUCGAGACGAGCGCAGAUCUGAAGGAGGAUCGGGCGGGGGCGAAGACAGGAGUGAACCGGUGCUCCGGCUGCAGCCGGAGAGUCGGUUUGACCGGGUUCAGGUGCCGGUGCGGCGAGCUUUUCUGCGCCGAUCAUCGGUACUCCGAUCGCCACGACUGCAGCUAUGACUACAAAACCGCCGGACGUGAGGCGAUCGCGAGGGAGAAUCCGUUGGUCAGAGCCGCGAAGAUAGUCAAAAUUUGAAGCUGAAAAGCAUGGAAUAGGAGACAUAUAUGCGCAAUGAACAAUCAGGGAAGGGUUCUUCGUCUCAUGAAGAAAUCGAGUGUGGAAAUACUAGGAGAUCGUUGCUCGAUCUUUGUGUUAUUUCUGCAUUUCACUUCUCGCUGAGACGACGGCUCUCGUUGCCCCGGGAUGGAACUGUGGAUGAGAGGAUGCAGAGGCUUAAGCGACGUUGAUUUUAUUUUAUUUUAUUUUAUUUUAUUUUAUUUUAUUUUAUUUUUUUCCUUUUUAUUUCAUUUGUUAGUAGUAGUACAAUAUAAAAGAGAGUUUAUAUUAUUGUGGCAAAAUUGCUAGAUAUGGAGUAUUUAAAUAUUUAA